CCUCCUGCGGCGCCCGCUCCAGCUCCCCCGGGCCCCCUGCCCGGCUGGGCGCUGACAGCAGCGGCGGGGGUCCCCGCGGCCGCCGCCGUGUCCCGCGCAGGCUCGGGCUGGGCCGGCGGAGCCCCCGGUGCGGCCAUGAACCGACCCCUGACGGCGUCCGCGGAGGCGGAGGAGGAACUGGAGUGGCAAGUGGCGAGUCGCAGGAGGAAGGCCUGGGCCAAGUGCCGCAGCUCCUGGCAGGCGUCGGAGACGGAGGAUCUGUCCACCGAGGCUACGACGCAGGACGAGGACGAGGACGACGAGGAGGACCUCCCCGGCGCAAAGCUGCCGGCGGCCGCGGGGCGAGGAAACGUGCCCAACGAGAAGAUCGCAAUAUGGCUCAAAGACUGCCGCACCCCUUUGGGAGCCUCACUGGAUGAGCAAAGCGGUGGAGCACUGAAGGGUGUGCUUGUGAGAAAUGGAGGAAGCUUCGAAGAUGACUUGUCGCUGGGAGCUGAAGCCAAUCACCUACACGAGCCUGAUGCUCAAGUUGAGAACUGCAACAACAUCUUGGCCAAAGAGCGAAGACUACAGUUUCAUCAGAAAGGGAGAAGUAUGAAUUCUACUGGGUCUGGGAAAAGCAGUGGUACAGUGUCAAGUGUUUCAGAACUGCUGGAGCUUUAUGAAGAGGAUCCUGAAGAAAUUCUAUAUAAUCUUGGAUUUGGACGAGAUGAACCAGAUAUUGCUUCUAAAAUUCCUUCCAGAUUUUUUAAUUCAUCGUCUUUUGCCAGAGGCAUAGACAUUAAAGUAUUUUUGAGUGCACAAAUGCAACGAAUGGAAGUAGAGAAUCCAAAUUAUGCUUUGACAAGCCGUUUUCGUCAAAUUGAAGUGCUCACUACUGUGGCCAAUGCAUUUUCUUCUUUAUAUUCCCAAGUCUCUGGGACACCCCUGCAGAGAAUUGGAAGUAUGUCUUCAGUGACUUCCACCAAGGAGGCAACAGACUCCCCUCCUCCUCUGACUCGAAGCAACACUGCAAACCGUCUGAUGAAAACACUAUCCAAACUAAACUUAUGUGUUGAUAAAACAGAGAAAGGAGAAGGGGGCUCUUCCCCCGCUGGUGAGAAAGGAAAGAGUCUGAGCAUUUCGCUGGCUGAGGACAAUGGUGGCAAGAAUGACCCCAAGCUGCAGAAAAUUAUGAAGAAGAAGGAGUCCUCCUCUAUGCUGGCAACAGUUACAGAAGAAGUCUCAGGCAGUUCAUCCACCGUCACAGACAGUGUUGAUGCCGACAGACUUUCUGAUGAGGCAGGUGGUAACAUUAGACACAAAACGGAAAGGGAACAAAGCAAAGAAACUCCAAGUCAGGAAAACAAACUGCUCCAGAAGUCUCUUGUUUCAGAAUCUGACUUAGGCUGUGAUGUCAACAUGUCCAGCCACUGCGAGCUGGAGAGCAGCAGUGAGCUGAAACCUGCCCAUGCGUCCUCGAGUGCACCACUGACAAUCCCAUUCCUAAGAAGUGUAUUGGCGCAGCAGAAAGACUCCUUCGAGAUGGAAGAGGUUCAGAGCACAGAGGGAGAGGCACCUCACGUGCCAGCCACUUGCCAGCUAGGUCUUGCCAAGUCAAAAAGAGAUCAUCUGCUGCGAACUGCAAGUCAGCAUUCCGACAGCAGCGGCUUUGCUGAGGAUUCUGCAGACUUCCUCUCCCUCAAUCAUCUUCAGGUUCAUGAAUCCCUGCAAGCCAUGGGGAGUAGUGCUGACAGCUGUGACAGUGAGACAACUGUCACAUCAUUUGGUGAAGACCAUGUGACUCCUACAGUACAAGAUCAGCCUUAUUUUAAUGAGUCAGAGGAGGAGUCCUGUGCCCCCGUUCAGAAAGGAAAAACAAAGGUUGUAAUAGUUUCUGACAAAAGAAGAGUAAGCAACCAAGAUUUCCCUCCAUGUGAGACUGCAGAGAAUACUGGAAACCAAGAGUCCACAAAGGGUCCAGGUGACCCUGACCCUCAGCUUAUUGAAACGGAGGAGGAUGCACCUCCAGCACCAACUGGAGAGGUCCUGAGGGAAGGUAGUGGAGACAGUGAUGUGGAGAGAAGCAGUGAAUGUGAAUUUGCCCAGUAUACCACACAUCACAUUCUCAAAUCCUUGGCUUCCAUUGAAGCUCAGUGCAGUGGUGUGAGCUCUGAAAAGAAAACCGAGUUUCCCUCUUCUGUGGAUAGAGUUAAUACUGCCUUACAGAGAGCUCAAAUGAAGGUUUGCAGUCUGUCUGGUCAACGAGUAGGGCGUAGCCUAAUAAAAUCAAAAGAUCUGUUGAAACAAAGGUACUUGCUUGCAAAAGCUGGCUAUCCCCUAAGAAGGUCUCAGUCUUUGCCGACCACCUUACUGAGCCCAGUAAGGGUUGUGUCUUCUGUCAAUGUACGACUAUCUCCAGGAAAAGAGACCAGGUGCAGCCCACCUUCCUUCACCUACAAGUACACACCUGAAGAGGAACAAGAAUUGGAAAAGCAAGAGACUGGACAUGAUGGUCAGUCUAUGGUUAAAUCCACCAUCUUCAUACCCACUUCCUCUGGGAAGAAAGAAGAAGCCCCUCAGAGUGAGGUGACAAAACUGGAGGACUGCCACCAUGGAAGGCUUCCCUCUUGUCCACAGUUUGCUGCAAUAUCCCAGUCUACCUGUUCCCUUCACUCUGUCCAUGAAUGGCAGGACAGGCCCCUGUGUGAACACAUGAGAACCCUGAGUGCUCACAGCGUCCCCAACAUAUCAGGUGCCUCGUGUAGCGCCUUCUCUUCUCCUCUUGGGUGUCCCUAUUCACAUAGACAUGCUGCCCACCCAUACAGGACAUGCCCCGUGAAUCCUCCUUCUGCAAUAGAGAUGCAGCUGAGAAGAGUAUUGCACGAUAUUAGAAACUCACUACAGAAUCUUUCACAGUAUCCUAUGAUGAGAGGACCUGAUCUUGCUGCUGCUUCAUACAGUACUCAGAAGUCGUCUGUUCUACCUCUUUAUGAAAAUACCUUCCAGGAGCUUCAAGUCGUGAGGCGGAGCCUGAAUCUGUUCAGAACGCAGAUGAUGGACUUGGAGUUGGCCAUGCUGCGGCAGCAAACCGUGGUGUACCCUCAUAUGACAGAGGAGGACAGGUAUGAAGUUGAUCAGCUGCAGGGUUUGAGGAACUCUGUGCGAAUGGAACUGCAGGACCUGGAGUUGCAGCUGGAGGAGCGUCUGCUGGGCCUGGAUGAGCAGCUCCGUGCAGUCCGGGUGCCUUCACCGUUCCGAUCCUCUGUGCUCCCGGGGAUGUGUGGCAGUAGAAGUGCUGAUAACUUAUGCCCGUCUCCACUGAAUGUCAUGGAACCAGUCACAGAAUUGAUACGGGAGCAGUCAUAUCUGAAGUCCGAGUUGGGCCUAGGACUUGGAGAGAUGGGGUUCGAAAUUCCUCCUGGAGAGAGCUCAGAGUCCGUUUUCUCUCAGGCCACAUCAGAGUCCUCUUCUGUCUGCUCUAGCCCCUCCCACAAUAACAGAAGAUCCAGAGGACCUUCUGGCAACUCGGGCAACAAACCCAGAGCCCACUUAGUGGCAAGAAAGAAGAUAUUUCGAGCCUCUGUGGCCCUGACACCAACUGCCCCCUCUAGAACAGGCUCUGUGCAGACACCUCCAGAUCUGGAAAGUUCUGAGGAAGCUGGAGCAGCUGAAGAAACCUCACAGGCUGUGGGACUUACAUCUCACGUGGAGGAAGAGCAAGAAGACCUCCCACUGAUGCCAGCUGCAGAGGAAAUGCAUCGGAACGUGGAGCAGGAUGAGUUGCAGCAAGUCAUACGCGAGAUUAAAGAGUCUAUUGUUGGGGAAAUUAGACGAGAAAUUGUAAGUGGACUUUUGGCAGCCGUGUCUUCAAGUAAAGCGUCGAAUUCUAAGCAGGACAGUCACUGAAUGGAAUUUAUUAGGGUCAGGAUGGAUCCCAUUAACUGUAAUACUGGUGUUAUCCAUGAUUUAUGUUGGUGGAGGUGUUGUUUGUCCUUUGGAAGAUACUUUCUACUGAGUUGGCCUACUGUACACAAUGGACAUUGUGCAUUUCUGUAUGAGUGUACAGUAUACUGUUCUUCUAUUCAUAAAACUUUAAAAACACAUAUAGAAACUUAGGCACUUUGCUGACUCAUUUCUAAACUAUCAGACUGGCCAUUUGAAAGUCUAGUAUUUAUUUGUAUGUCAGUAGUUUUCCAGUUGAUGUUCCUAUGUAGAAUUAAUUGUAAAACUUGAAGAGUUCCAAACAUAACCAACUUAUAAAUAACAUAUUUCUUCAGACUAGCUUCUACAACACUGACCUCUAUGAGGUAUUUACUGUGCAAUAACAGAUUCAUCUUUUGAGAGCUUGAAGCAACCGAUGACUUUUCCCUCCACUGCUCUUCAUUGGGUCACUCCAAGAAGACAAAUGGUUCUGUUGUAAAAAUUGCUCUUAAUUCUUGAGGAGGCUACUGAGAAGCAGUAGGGUAGAUCUCAUUAGGUUACCUACAACUACUUCAUGUUCUUACACUGUAAGCCUUGUUGCUUUGCCCCAAACAAAUGUAAUUUUAUUAUAGCUAUGUGCCUUAUGGUAAACACUAUGUAUUUUCUGCAUUGUCCAGAUGUCUUACUUUAAGAUGUUUUUUCUGUCUUUUAGAUUAAAUAGUAUUGUCAAGAUAAUGGGGCCUAUGACUUGAAUGGAUAGGAUAGAAAUGAAUAAGCUGGUUUUUGUUUUUUGUUUUUCUCCAAAUGAGAUUUAGAUUUGUUUUUCUCAUGCAUAAAUGAUUUUAAUUCAGUUUUAACCAGAAAACUCUUGGUUUUUCUGAAAAAAAAAAGGUUUUCUAUCUGGUAUUAUGUUUGUCAAAUAAAUGUAUAAAGUAUUAGAAAUUAGUCUUUUAGUAUUUGUAAUCUUCAACUCCUAUUAUGUUACUUUGUGUGAGAAAUUUUAGUCAAAAGUGCUUGAAAUAUUAUCAUUCCUUCAAAGACUAUCUAAAAGGUUUAUAAAUAUUUGAAAUACCACACAAAGGCUGAUCUCUAAAAAACAAAAAACCCAUUAAAACAAUAAAGUAUUUAUUUUGCCAAAAAUA